AUGGGUUCAUACGAAUGUGACACACAGCGAACGAAUCCGACAGGAAAGAGUAACCACGUCGCCACGGACGUAGCAGAAACAGAAGUAGUAAAAAACCUCAAAACUCAAUAUAAAAAUGAAUUAUCUAAACUACAAGAACUAUUCGAGGAUUGGACGGAAGCAGAUUUGCUCUUUGCACUACAAGAGGCCUCAGGGGACCUCGAAGUUACGGUUACUCGAAUUAGUGAAGGUCACACUACUCAAUGGGGUGAAGUUAAAUCUCGUAAAUCUAAGAAAGAACACAUUAGUAAGGUUAAGGAGAGUGGACAACAAUCUGGAAGCUCUCAACGUGGUCAUCAACGAGGUGGUUAUAGUGACCAAGGCGGAUUUCGUGGCGGAAGUCGUACUCGGGGGAGAAGGGAAAAUGGUUCGGGCUAUACUCGACCUCCACGUCAACAACACAAUGGACCUAACCCCUCUAAUUCCGAUGACACAACUAAUGGUGCCCAAUCCAAAUUGGGUACUGAAAAUUCGAGCAACAACGACAGUGUUGGUGGUAAUUCCAAUGAAAGUUGGUCCGAUUCUAAAGGUCCCGCUUGGAGCAUUGACAACAGUAAUACCACCAGUGACUGGAGUGCCGAAAAUCCGACCCAAAGUUCAUGGACUAAUGACGAUAAUAACAAAGUCAGUUGGGAUAGCAGCAUGUCCACCGAUAAAGGUCCAAAUAAUUGGGCUAACGAUGUUUCUACAGACAAUUCCCAAAAGGUACGGAAUGGGGAUGGUUGGACAAUCGAAAAUUCAACAGAGAAUUUUAAAGAGAACCGGGCAACCGACAAUGCUAUUGAUAAUCUUGGAGUAAGUCGGGAAUCUGAUAAAUCCACAGAUAAUACAAAGCAUGUACGCGAGCCCAAUAUUGUUAAGGAAAAUAUUAAUACCUGGGACACUGGUACUUCCAAAGAUAGUUGGAGUGUGGAAAAUAAUUGGACUUCAGAUACACCUCCAGAAAAUUGGGGGAAUGAGAAUUGGAGUUCCGAUGCUUCUAAAAAUGGUAAGAAUGCAAAGGACACACAACGAUCUCCAAAUCCUAAUGCGCCCAGGUCAAUCACUGCAACAAAAUCAUCCGUAUCUCACAAAUCACGGACAAUUCCUUCGCAGCCCAAAGCAUCUUGGGCUCAAAUUGUGAAGCCUGAAUUAAAACCAGAACCAAAACCGGAACCUGUUUCAUCCCCUGUACACAAGGGUUCAUCGGAAAUCGUAAAAUCAGUAUCUCCACAAAUAUCGAAAUCUCCAUUAAUCCCUGUGCAAACUUCACCGACACCCAAAGCGUCCGAACCAAUUAGUGUACCAUCACCAGAAACAGUGUCGAAUGCUAUCGCUGUAAAAAUAGAGGAAGCUAAGGAAUUAAAAGAAAUUUCUUCGCCGGAAGAAUCAUCACCUACCCCUGUCGUUUCUUCGCCGGUUGUUAAUGCUUCACCACGAACAAAAGAAAUUUCAUCACCUGGUAUUCUUCAUAAAUCCAAGACAGGAGCACCUUCGCGUAGAUUAAAGCAAGAUGCAGCUGUAGUAAUGCCAAGUGCAGGAGCUGGUUUGGAAAGAGUUGGUGUUCAAUUUGGAAGCUUAAGUAUUUCUAAUACUGGUGAAGAGGUUACCGAGAUAGAAACACCAGUAUCACCUCAAGCUCAAAAGGCCGAAGAACGAUCGUCUGUUAAUGGUGAAAGUCCACAAAUAUUAUCUUCUCAAACUACACCAAUCCAACAACAACAGCAAUUACAACAAAUCACAUCUCAACAAACAUUACAGCAGCAAGCACCGCAACAGAUACAACAAAGUUCUCAACAACAAUCACAACAACAUCAAUUACAACAAUUACAACAACAAUCACAAACAACUCAACAAUCAUCUACUAUUACUUCUCUUCCUCAAACAACGAAUUCAGUAAAUCGGUCAAUAUCCAGUACAUCAACACAAUCGACACAGAAUAGUUCAUCUUUACAGUCAUCGUCAUCCGUAAACAGUGCUCCAUCUGCUACACCAUUGACCACAACUACUGCUCCAACUCCACAAAAUUUUAAUCCUACAUAUUUCAAACAACAGCAAGAACAAACCUCUGGAACCUAUAUAAAUCAGCAACCUCAUCUAGGAUUAACAGCAGAACCAUUAAACGCUCCGUACGGCUCAUAUUUACCUAGUCAACCACCUAGUCAAUUAUCAGGAUUUGGAAUUGGACCAAUUCAAUCGUUACCAGAAUAUGGAGCGUUAUAUGGUCCAGAAGCUGCUCAACGCAUGAUGGGAUAUUAUGCUACUGAUCCAUCAUAUGGUCAAGCAUCGCCGGUAACUACAACUGGAUAUCAAAAUCGGGAUAACAACAAAUAUGCACCUGAUACGACAAAUAAUUCUUCAAGCCAAACAUCCAAUCAACAAACUACUGGAGCUCAGCAACAAUCUACAAAUCAACAAGGGCAAAAUCCUCAACAACAACAGGCCUAUCCACUAGGAGUUCCUUAUUAUCCAUAUUAUUAUAUGAAUCAAUUUCCUUCGGCCUAUCAACAAUCUGGAUAUGGACAACCUUUUAAAUCUAUGUAUCCUAUGUAUAAUCAUCCUCACUCGAGCAAACCUGGGUCAGCCUCAGGUGCAUCACCAUAUGGUUACCCUACAACGCCUACCACACCAAACACACCACAUCAUUAUUCACAUACGUCCACAACAGGAUAUGAUGAGAUUACUGCAGCACAGAUACAUCAUCUUCCUGGAGUACCUAGUGUUCAUGAAUAUCCGAAAAACUAUGGUGGUGGUAUUCCACCACUUAAUUUCCUAGGUAAUACUUCCGGAAAUACACCUCAACCCACUUCCGGAGCUUCAGGAUCAACAACUACAGGAGGAGGAAAAUCAAGUAAUAAUAGUAAUUCGGAAUUAAAUUCACCUGCUCAAUACAAGGGAUAUAAUGAAAAGACUUCGACAACUACCCAACAAAGUGGUCAAUCUGGAACCCAACAACAUCAGCAUCAGCAACCUACUAAUCCUAAUUAUUAUGGACAACAGGCUCAACAAAUGUUUAAUAGUUACCAAUACCCUCAAGCACACCAUCAGUAUCACCCACAUCAAGCACAUCAUCAAGCAUCUGGUCGUAAUCAGCAACAAUAUUGGAGUAGUCAAAGUUAA